AUGGAUUCCGACGAGUCCAUCUUCAGUAUGGGGGAGGAAUCGGAUGGUUUUGUCCCCGAAACCAAGGCAAAACCAAAAGCCGCCCCAAAGAAAGCUGCUGCGCGGCCUGCCCCAAAGAAAAUGGUGCAAAGUACUCUUAAAACAAAGGCUGCGCCCAAGAAGCGCCCAACCCCUGAGAGCGAUGAUGAAGCUAUGAGCGAUGUCUCGGGUCUCUCCAACCCCCCUCCCAAAGCUAAGAAGCAAAAGAAAGACACGACAACCAGCAAAUCCUCCGCCGCCAUGUUAGAUGAGAUCGAGAACGACGACAUGGACAUCGACAGCCCCGCCAAACCCGCCAAAUCCAGCAAACCCAAGACAGCCACCGAAACGUACACCAAGCUCUCCCAGCUUGAUCACAUUCUCCUGCGACCUGACACAUACAUCGGCUCUGUGGAAAGGACAGAGCAGCAGAUGUGGGUUCUGAACAAGGAGAGUGAACAGAUGGAAUACAAGGCUGUCAACUUCGUCCCUGGUCUCUACAAGAUCUUUGACGAGAUCUUGGUUAACGCUGCCGAUAACAAGCAGCGCGAUCCUUCCAUGAAUUACAUGAAGAUCAACAUCAACCGUGCGGAGGGUGUGAUCAGCGUUGAGAAUAACGGAAAGGGUAUUCCUAUCGAGAUUCACGAGAAGGAGAAGAUCUACAUCCCUGAGCUUAUCUUCGGACAUUUGUUGGCGGGUUCCAACUUCGACGACGACGAGAAGAAGACCGUUGGUGGCCGUAACGGUUACGGUGCCAAGCUGUGCAACGUCUUCAGUACUGAAUUCAAUCUCGAGUGCCAAAACAGUGAGCAUGGCAAGAGGUACAAGCAGACUUGGACCAACAACAUGCAAACAGUGCACAAGGCCAAGAUCACCAGCAGCAAAAGUGCCGACUUCACCCGAAUUACUUUCAAACCCGACUUCAAGCGCUUUGGUAUGGAGGAUGGCAUUGAUGAUGAUCUAGAGUCUCUCCUAUACCGAAGAGUCUACGAUAUGGUGGGCACGAUUCGAGGCAUCAAGGUGUACCUCAACAACGAGCAGAUCAAGAUCAAGGACUUCAAGGCAUACUGUGAUCUAUACGCCAAGUCUAUCGCAAAGGAGCGUAGCAACGAAGAGGGCGGUGCUCCGACCUGCACCGUAGAAAUGGACAAGGACAAGGGCCAUCCUCGAUGGGAGGUUGGCUUCGCUGUCUCUGACGGUACUUUCCAACAAGUGUCGUUCGUCAACUCCAUCGCUACAACUAGCGGUGGUACUCAUGUAAACUACGUCGCUGAUCAGGUCACAAAACAUCUCCUCGAGGUCCUGAACAAGAAGCGCAAGGGUCAUUCUUUGAAGCAGAAUCACCUACGCAACCACAUUUUCAUCUUUAUCAACUGCUACAUCAACAACCCAGCUUUUACAUCGCAAACCAAGGAGCAGAUGACUACGAAGCCUAGUCAGUUUGGUAGCAAAUGCAGUCUAGGCGAUGACUUCCUCAAGAAAAUCGCAAAAUCCGAUGCCCUACAGAACAUCUUGGAUUUUGCGGAGAAGAAGGCCGACAAAAUGCUGGCUAAAGGUGACGGAAGCAAGCGAAGUCGAGUGAACAACGCCAAAUUAGUUGAAGCCAACUUUGCUGGUACCAGAAGAGGGCACGAAUGCACCCUGAUCUUGACUGAAGGUGACUCCGCCAAGGGUUUGGCUGUUUCUGGCCGUGCCAUUCUCGACCCCGACCGUAUUGGUGUCUUCCCACUUCGUGGAAAGUUACUCAAUGUGCGUGACGCUUCUACUGAGCAAAUCGCGAAAAACGCAGAGAUUAGCAACAUCAAACAGUUCCUGGGUCUCAAGCACAAGGCAACGUAUACAGACACGAAGAACCUUCGAUAUGGACAUCUGAUGAUCAUGGCCGAUCAGGAUCAUGAUGGUAGUCAUAUCAAAGGACUACUCAUCAACUUCUUAGAAGUGGCGUAUCCAUCACUUCUCAAGAUUCCUGACUUUUUCCGCGAGUUCAUCACACCAAUUGUCAAGGUCUGGCAAGGUCCAAACCCCAAAAAGCCCCAGCGCCUCAAGUCAUUCUUCACGCAGCCUGAGUACGAGGAGUGGAAGGAUGAUCACAAGAAUGAACUCACUCGAUGGCAUUCCAAGUACUUCAAGGGUCUGGGAACCAGCUCCAAUGAAGACGCACAGGUGUAUUUCACAAAUCUCGAUGACCAUUUGAAGGAGUUCGACGUUAUGAAGUCCGAGGAAUCCAGCCUCUUCGAAUUAGCUUUUUCCAAAAAGAAGGCUGAUGCAAGAAAAGAGUGGCUCGGCAAUUUUGUGCCUGGAACUUACUUGGAUCAUUCGAGCAAGUCGAUUUCGUACACCGACUUCAUCAACAAAGAGCUUAUUCUCUUCAGUAUGGCUGACAACAUGCGAUCCAUCCCGUCCGUUUUGGAUGGUUUCAAGCCUGGUCAGCGCAAGGUCAUCUAUGCUUGCUUCAAGAGAAACAUUGUCAAGGAUAAGAAGGUUGUUGAAUUGGCUGGUUAUGUGUCCGAACAAACGGCGUACCACCACGGUGAGCAGUCUCUUCAGCAGACCAUUAUAGGCCUUGCUCAGAACUUUGUGGGCUCAAACAACAUCAACUGCUUGGAGCCCAGUGGAAACUUCGGUUCUCGACUUGCCGGUGGCUCUGAUGCUGCUAGUCCUCGUUACACAUUUACUCGCCUAUCGCCCUUUGCCCGCAAGAUCUUUCACCCCAUGGAUGAGCCAAAUCUUCUCCAUCACUACGAAGAUGGCAAGAAGAUCGAACCGAUGGUUUAUGCCCCAAUCCUGCCCAUGGUUCUCGUCAACGGUGCCGAUGGUAUCGGUACAGGUUGGAGCACCUCCAUCCCUAACUACCAUCCAGAAGACAUCGUUCGAAACUUGAAGCGCCGAAUGGGUCGUGAGACUGAGGGCGAUAUUGAGGAAAGGCCAUUCGAGGCCAUGACACCUUGGUUCCGUGGCUGGAAGGGCUCGCCCGAGGCUGCUGGUCCUGAUCGUUACAAGUUCAAUGGUGUCGCUUAUGCCAAUGAGCAAAAGGACAACGAAAUCGUCAUUACAGAAUUACCUAUCCGCAUGUGGACGGACGACUUCAAGGCAAAGUUGGAGGAAAUCAUCGCAGCCACCAAGGGCCCUUCCUGGAUCAAGGAUUACAAGGAAUUCAACGAUCACAGCACUGUUCACUUUGAAAUUGCUGUGGACGAAAAGCACAUGGGUAAAGUCAUGGAAGAAGGCGUCCUUGAGCGUUUCAAGCUCCUCAAACAGGUCGCUACCUCCAAUUUGGUUGCGUUCGAUACCUCGGGUCGCAUUCGUAAGUAUGCGAAGGUUGAGGACAUUCUGGAAGAGUUUUACCACUUCCGUCUCGAGAUGUACACUGAUCGAAAGAAACACUGGCUAGCGGUGUACCAUGCAGACUAUCGCAAACUGAAGAACCAGGCAAGGUUCAUCAAGGAGAUUAUCGAUUCAGAACUUCUGGUUGGCAAGAAGAAGAAGGCUAUACUUGUGCAAGAGCUUCGAGAUCGUGAUUACGAGGCUUUUCCCCCUGGUGGUGGUGACAAGAAGAAGACUGCAGAUGAGGAAGAUGAGGGCGAAGAAAACCAGGAUGUCGAGGGUGACUUGGACAAUGGUGCUCGUGAUUACGACUAUCUUCUCUCGAUGCCCAUUUGGUCUCUAACGGCUGAGCGUCUUGAAAGGCUCAUGCAGGCUAUCGAGAAGAAGAAGGGGGAGCAUGACGAGCUUCUUGCCCUCAGUGAAAAGGACCUCUGGUGUCGCGAUCUUGAUGACUUCUCGCUCGAGUGGGAGAACCAACUUGCAGUCGAUGCUGAGAUCAAGACAAACAUCCGACGCUUGGGCCGCCGCGUUUCUAAAAAGAUAGGUGCUGGCACCGCGCGCGGUCGUAAAGCCAAGGAUGAUGACGAUUUUGUACCUGACAAGAAGGCCCGCGGUAGACCAAAAGCUGCAGCUGCAGCAGCAGCUAAGCCAGCGGUCAAGACGGAGACGAAGAGCGCGCAACGCUUUGCUGAGAUGUUCAGCUCCAAGCCAAAGGUCAAGAAAGAGCCUGCCGCCAAUGCGGCCAAUGUCAUGGAGCUCUCGGACGCUUUCUCCGAUGAUGAUUAUGCUGCCCUGAGCCGCAGCAAGUCAUCGGCACCUGCUGUCAAGACGUCCCAAUCACCACCUACAGAAGCACCAGACACCGGACGCGUCAAACGAGCUGCAGCAGCUAGGGUCAAGGCAGUGAUCGACGACGACUCUGAAAGUGACGAUGACCAGAUGCUCGGUGAUGUCGGUGCGCUUGUCAAGGGCAUUGACAAGCCUGCUGGUGAGCGCGAAAGGGGCAGGUUUAGUUUACAUGCCAUGAGUAGACCAGAUUCCAGCCAGGGCAACGCCAGCACCAGCGGACUUUCCAAGACAAAGCCCAAGUCAGCCAAGGCUUUUGACUUCGACGAUGACAGUCCCGACGAUACCAACUAUGAGCUUCUCGCCAAGUCGUCACCACACAAGACAGCCACCAAGGAGGAUCACAUCGAUAGUUUCCUUUCUGAUGAUGAGCCUUACGUUGCUCCAGCCAAGCCAGCAGCGACCAAGUCCAAACCUACCAGUACGGACUCGGAAGAGCCAGCUCCAGCCGGUCUUGCCACAAUCAAGAAGGGCCGGGGUCGUCCUGCUGCUGCGAAGAGCAAAGAGCCAGCGAAGCCCAAGGCCGCUCCUAAAGCAACGGCAAAGGCUACCAAGACAGCUGCAGCAAAGGUUGCCUCACGUCCUGCCACCAAGCAAACUACCCUGUCGCCCGCAGCAAAGGCAUAUGCGGCUAAGAAGGCUGUAAAGAAGUCAGUGAUUGAUGAUGAUUCUGAUGAGGAAAUGGCCGAGCCAGACUCACCUCCUCCCAAGGCUUCUUCAAGAGCGCGACCCGGCCGUGCUGCUGCUUCCAGAAGACCUGUUGUGAUUGACGAUGACUCGUCGGUGGUGCAGCCAGACGAAGAUGAGAGUGACGAUCCUUUUGAGAUGGACGACGAUGAGGAUUAG